GAGGCGUUUCAACCGGGCAAAAUGGCUAACAGGACUGUAAAAGAUGCUAAUAGCAUACACGGAACAAAUCCACAGUAUUUGGUUGAAAAAAUUAUACGGACACGAAUAUAUGAGUCAAAAUACUGGAAGGAAGAAUGCUUCGGAUUGACGGCUGAACUGGUUGUGGAUAAAGCAAUGGAGCUGAAGUAUGUUGGUGGAGUUUAUGGAGGAAACAUCAAACCCACUCCGUUCCUGUGUUUGACCCUGAAGAUGCUGCAGAUCCAGCCUGAGAAAGACAUUAUAGUGGAGUUCAUCAAAAACGAGGAUUUCAAAUAUGUCCGUCUGCUCGGUGCCAUGUACAUGCGAUUGACUGGAUCUUCGGUGGACUGCUACAAGUACCUGGAACCACUUUAUAACGACUAUAGAAAAAUCAAAGGCCAGAACAGAAAUGGAGAAUUUGAGCUCAUGCACGUGGAUGAGUUCAUAGAUGAGUUGCUACAUGCAGAGAGAGUGUGUGAUGUUAUCCUACCCAGGCUACAGAAAAGGCAAGUGUUGGAGGAGGCAGAGCUUCUAGACUCCCGUAUAAGUGCCCUUGAAGAAGACCUGGAUGAGGUGGAGACCAGUGAGGAGGAGGAUGAGGAAGAUGAGAAGCCAGAAAGAGGCCCGUCUCCAGAGCCGCACAGGCGGGGCUACCGUGACAACGACCGGCCACGCCGCUCCCCAUCUCCACGCUAUAGACGUAGUCGCUCUCCCAGGAGGAGGAGCAGAUCACCAAAAAGGCGCAGUCCCUCUCCCAGACGGGAACGUCACCGCAGCAAGAGCCCUCGCAGGCACCGCAGCCGGUCCAGAGAGAGACGCCACCGCUCCAAAUCUCCAGGUCAUCACAGAAGCCACAGGCACCGCAGUCACUCGAAGUCCCCAGAAAGAUCAAAGAAGAGUCACAAGAAGAGUCGAAGAGGAAACGAAUAAUUCAUGCAGAGUGUUUUCAUGCUGUUUUAUGGGACUCAUCCAGUUUUGUACAAAUGAUACCUGUCUGUUAAAAGAGGUAAUUUCCCUUGGUAUGCAUUUUUUGUGAAGAAAAUCUUUUGCAGAUAGAUUUAGUUGGGUAACAUGGUUCAUGUCAUUCUUUUUAAUUCUCUGUAUAUGUAAUUAAAUCCAUUAAAUUUUUUGA